AAAGCUUGUUUCAGAGAGUUUGAUGUAAGUCGUAAGACAAUGGCUGAUAAGCGCAAACUUCUUGGUGACAUUGAUAGAUGUCACAAAAAGGUUGCUGAAGGUGUUGAAUCUUUCAAGGAGACUUGGAAAAAGCUUCAGCAAGCAUGUAAUCCCAAUCAGAAGGAAAAAUAUGAACAAGAUCUCAAGAAGGAAAUAAAGAAGUUGCAAAGGCUACGAGAUCAGAUAAAAACCUGGUGUGCAUCAAAUGAGGUUAAGGAUAAAAGGCCGCUUUUAGAAGACAGAAAACUUAUAGAAACUCAGAUGGAAACGUUCAAAAUUGUUGAAAGAGACUCCAAAACUAAGGCAUACUCUAAAGAGGCAUUAGGAUUACCUGCAAAGAUAGAUCCUGCUGAAAAAGAAAAGUAUGAGUUACGGGAGUGGUUGAAUAAGACAAUUGAAUCUUUAAACAUUGAAACAGACAAACUGGAGGCAGAUGUUGAAACCAUUCAUGCUCAUAAUAGGAAAGGUAAAAGUAAAGAUAAGCAACAGGAAAAGCUGGAUGAACUUCAGGAAUUUAUCGCUAAGCACAGGUGGCAUAUUGUCCGUCUUGAAGCAUUGCUUCGAAUGUUGGAUAACGACAAUAUUGAGGUGGAUGAUGUGAAAGGGAUCCAGGAAGAUGUUGACUUCUAUCUGACAGAUUAUAAAGAACCUGAUUACGUUGACAAUGAAUACCUGUACACAGAUAUUGUUGACCCAGACAUCUUGAACAGUUCAUUACUAACAGACAAUAGGUUAACAUCAAAUCACUCUGAUGAUGAGCUUGACGAGGAUGAAGAGAGUAACAUGGAUGAUAGUUUUUCUCAAGUUUCCCACGAGUCUUCACAACACAACAACGAUUUCAGUGAGAUACCACCCACCAGUCCCACCACCAAGGCUGCUAUUAAAGCAAAGACUAUUGUUCCUCCAGCUCCACCAGCAGCUGCAGUAGCUGCACCAAGAUCACGCCACCCAACACCUAACUCCAGUACCCCAAGUGUUACCACCCCUCCUGCAAGUAUAGCACCCCAACCAGUUCUGGUCAAACCUCCUCAACCCAAAACCCCACCAAACAAUUUAAUUUCACCACCAGUUUUCUCUUCAGCUCCUCCAAGUUCGACGACAAGUUCACUGUACACAAACCAUCAUGUACCGAGCACUGAAUCUGUUAGAUCACCACCAUCAGUCCCAACACCUGCCCCCUCCAGCACCCCUUCAGAAAACAUUCAGAGUACAGAAGAAGAUUUAAACCAAGAAGCAUUUGUGUUGGAUCCUAUUUUGGGUGUCAGUCCUCUGGGACCUCUUCCCCUGACAACAGAAAGAGCCAUGCAAAUGGAAAUGUUAGAAGCAGCUGCUGGCAAUCUCCCCCAGCCUAACGACUCUAAUAGAGUGAGAUCGUUAAACCUGAUAAAUUCAUUCCCAAAUUUCCCAGCUCAGAUCCCUCCUCAUCACUACCAUAGCUAUGACCCAAAACACAACUUCGACUCCUUCGAGUACUUCAAAAAUUUGGUUCCUGACACCCUGUUUUUCAUAUUUUACUUCUACGAGGGCACGAGAGCUCAGUACUACGCUGCCAAGGCUCUGAAAGAGCAGCACUGGAGGUUCCACAAAAAGAUCAAAAUGUGGUUUCAGAGGUAUGAAGAGCCUAAAGAGAUUGUAGAGUCUCACGAGACUGGGACAUACGUGUAUUUCGACAUCGAUCUCUGGCAGCAGAGAACAAAAGAAGACUUCAAAUUUGAGUACAAAUGGUUGGAAGAGAACAACCUGGACGAAUGAACCAAAUUGUAAACAAUUUUGUACUUUUCCUGUAAUCUAAGAUUGGUGGUGAUUUAAUUUUAAUAAACUGACAUGAGCUGCGCUUGCUUUGGUGAAAUGAGAGUUAAUAUAUUAUUUUCCCAAGUGUUUGAAAUUUAUAUUCAUCCGUUUGUUGAAGACGAUUCUCUGUGAGAAUAGUCUGCUGGAAAUAUAUAAUUUUAUUUUUAGACUUUCGGUAUUAUUUGAUGUUGAUUUAAGUUAAAAUUGUUUAUGUGAGCUUCAUCACAACCAGUUUUACAUAUGAAAUAACAUACCUUGAGUUAUUUGAUUUUUAAUGCUUUUACGCUUCAAUUAUUGAUUGAUAUU